AUGGGUGGGCAUCAACGCCGUCUUGUACCAGGUCCCUCACCUUCGGAGGAUGACCAACACGAAAACUAUCAUGAACAUGACUUUGAAAAUGGUAGUCCGCCCGCUGAUGAAGGGAAGGGUGGGACGUGGAAGAAGAGGGUUUCGACUGCUUGUUUGGCUUGUAAGAAGUCGAAGAGGAAGUGCUCCGGCACAUCCCCCUGCGCAAACUGCCAAACCUUCAAAAGAGUCUGCAUCUUCGACGAAUCCCUCGAUCAACGCCGCCGCAUCGCCGCAAAAAGAACAGCAGACGAACUCUCCUACCACCGCGACCUCCUCUCAGACCUCUUCAAGCUCGUCCGCGAAGCAAACGAAUCAGACGCCUUGCACCUCCUCACACUAAUCCGACACAAUGCCCACGCCGAUGAAAUCCGCGCAUACAUAAACGAAACUCUCGCCUCCCUCACCUCGACAUCGACAUCGACAUCGACAUCCACAGCGCAUAAACAGGAAACUGUCGCAAAGCUAGAAGAUAUGCGUCGGCUUAUCAAUGUCGAAGGCACGGGUCCCACUUUCAGAAAGAAGGUCAUGGAUAUCCAUUUCCUUUGUGAUUCGGCGCCCUGUGAGGUUCCUGCGAAGCCGUGGACGAGAGUUACCGCUGAUGCGGAUUUGGUGUCGCAUCUUGUUUCGUUGUAUUUUGCGUGGGAUUGGCCGUUUACUACGGUUCUGGAUAAGGGGGUUUUUGUUAGGCAUAUGGCGAGGGGGGUUCUUGGGUCCGAGUUUUGUAGCCCGUUUUUGGUGAAUGCGGUGCUCAGUAAUGCUUGUUACUUCUCUGAGUUCUCUGAGGCUUAUGUUGUUCCUGGUGAUAUCUCUUCAAAAGGAUGUGAUUUCCUUGCUGAAGCUGAGAGGUUGAGGGAUGAGGAGGGUUCGCAGCCUAGUUUGGCGGGUUUGCAGGGGACGUUGUUGAUGUAUGAGAGAUAUGCAAUGUCCCGCGAAGACGAUCUGGGAUAUAUCAUGCUGCACCAGGCUAUCCGAAUGGGUGAAUCAUUGGGUCUGGUCGGCAGCACAGGACCCAGAAUGGCUUCGGGAGAAUUCUCUCAGGACAUGGAUGUAUCUUGCAAACGCACUGCUUGGGGUUUAUUCAACAUUGACACAAUGGUCCAUACAUCCUUCCUCCGGCCAAGUCUCAUCGACCACGUCAACAUGGCCCGACUUGAUAUCAACCAGUCCGAAGACCAAGACCUCUGGCAGCCAUAUCCAACCCACCGUGACCCACGCCCGUCAUUCUUCAGUCGGUAUUUCGACGAAGUAUGCAACCUGUCGACAAUUGCGCGCGAUAUCUCGCGCAGCAUGUUCGCAGACCACAGAAGUAACACCACCCUUCGCCCGAUCCACCGCCAGAGCCGCGAGGAUCUAUACGACCGCAUCCGUCGCUGGCACGAGCUUCUCCCGGCGGAAUUUGAUGAGCGGUACAAACCAGCUCCGCAUAUAAUCUUACUGAAAAUGCGCUACAACGCCCUCAUCAUAAACCUCUUCAGCUGCAUCUCCGAAGACGAAGUCCCACCCAUCCCCUUCGAACCCAAAACCCCCGAAAGCCCACCACGCCACACCCCCGAAACAAAAUACAACACGCGAGAGGUAACCCAGCGCGCGGCGCGCGACAUCGCAUCCCUAACCCGUCUCCACAGACGCGAGUUCGGCGUUAGUCGCGCGCACCAUUUCGCCAUGUACGCGAUCAACCUUGCACUGUUUACGAUGCUCGAGCAUGACUCGUUCGAUGUGUUAGAUGAGGAUUUCCUCACUCUUGCGAGUGCGUUCUGUAUUGUCGCGAGUCGGUCGACGCUGGGUCGGAAUCUGUUUCAUAUUUUUCGUCAGUCGGUUAGGGCUAAGGCGCAGGGGCAUCGCAUUCGAGGGGCCACUGCUGUUCCGGAUGAAUUGAAGGAUUUGGUUGAUGAGACUUCGAAGGAGAGGGGGUGUUGUCGGUUUGAUGAGUAUGCGGAUGGGCUUGAGAAGUUGAAUCGGAAGGAUAAGUAUCAUGGUAUUGGGGAGGGGGGUGGGAAAGGGUUGCAGGAUUAUCCUGGUCUUGGACUUUCGGAUAUGUUGGAUCGGUAUGAGAGUCUUAGUCUUGGGAAGAAUGAUGUUUCGGUGGAGAGGUAUCGACCUGUUGGAUUUUCAUAUCAACUAAAUAUGGAUAAUCUUGAACAAGAUGACACUUUCGAUGACUAUGGCUGGUUGCCAAUAAAUGCUGGAUCGGUACUUCAACAGCCAUAUCCCACGCCUACGCCCUUCUCGCCAAUUCAGGCUCCCACCCAGCCCUUUUCACAGUAUAUGCCUACCCCGUUGACAGCCGGAUCAGAAAAUAUCGCGCCAAAGGUAGCCAUCCCUCGCCUAGCCAGUUCUGACGCUUUGCUACACGGGCGCCGACGGUCAGCACGAGCCUGCGAGCCCUGUCGCCAGCGCAAGAUCAAAUGUGAUGGUAUCCGACCGUCGUGCGGACAAUGUGCAUAUAACAACCACAGCUGCUUCUACGAGGACGUGAAACGAGUGCGCGAUCAGAAGCGACUCGGCUCCUUGGUCAAGCGGGUGGAUAUAUACGAAGCCCUUCUUCGGGAGGUAGAAGGCGAGGUGGAUCCUCUCACAGCCCGAAAGAUCAAAAAAGCAUUAAAGUCCAAAAGUGCGAAAUCCCCUAGAAACCCUACAAACCCUAGAAACCAUCUCGACUCAGAUGAUUCCGCUACAUCUAUGGGAUCACUCGAUGCUAUCGACCAGGUUGAUGAAGACUUCAAUGAGGAUGAGGAUACCCGGGCUGCGGGAUUCUUUGGGAAGAAUUCAGAAGUCAAUUGGAUUCGCAAGCUGGAGAGUGACGUGGGGUUGAAGAGUCCAACGUCUAUUCAACAGCAGCAGCAGCAGUCAUUGGAAAAGCAAAUUCCCACCUCCAUGAUGGAUUAUCAUCUCGAUAGUCUGGAUAUUCCAUUGAUUGAACCAUGUGACCCGUUGGCUGUGCCCCCAAGGGAAUUGGCAGAUCGAUACUUCGACAGCUACCUGGCUAACGUCCAUCCGACAUUCAGUGCAAUCCGGAAGAUGACUUUUAUCUCCCAGUAUCAAAAUUUCUUCAAUAAUGCAUUAACACCACCCCGGAAAUGGCUGGCCAUUCUGAACAUGAUCUUUGCUAUUGGGUGUCGCUAUUGUCGACUCAUAGAUGACCCCCAAAGCACUGACGAGGAAGACCUACUAUACCUAACCCGGGCACGCCAUCUCGGUCUACAUGGCAAUGUACUAUUUGAGCACACCGACUUGCAGCAGAUCCAACUCGAACUCCUCGUCGCAGUUUACCUGCUUUGUCUGGGACAAGUGAACCGAGCGUCCAAAUUCUCCAAUAUGGCCCUCCGCUCAGCCCUAUCCCUCGGCAUCAACCUCCGUCUAACAGAUGACCGCACCAAAGACGCCGCCAAAGAAACCCGCGGCCGUCUCUGGUGGUCCAUCUACUCCCUCGAGCACCUCAUAACCUCAAUGACCGGCCGCGCCUCCUGCGCCGGCGACGGCCUCUGCUCCGUCCCCGCACCCCUCCCCUACGAAGAAGAAACCUUCGACCAACCCGACGCCAAACGCCUUUUCCAAGAUCCCGCCCUCCGCGAAGCCCAACUCCGCUCCACCCUCUUCGAAGCCCCCAGCCAACACCACUCCGCCGUAUGGGUAACAACCUGUCCCCCCUGUCCAUCCCUCUUCUUCUACUUCCUCAUCGAUCUAACCCUCAUAACCCACGCCCUCAUGAACAAAGUCUACAGCAUCGAAGGCCUCCGCAAAAGCCCAAGUCAAGUAGAAUACCACGUGCAGAAAUUCAGUCUCCAAAUCGACCGCUGGCUCUCAAAACUCCCCUUAUUCUACACCUUCACAUUCUCACCCACAACCUCCUGGCACAUAACCCAUCCCCACCUAGAUAACCUCUCCGCACCAUUCAUCCGCGAAAAAGUCUGUCUAGCAAUGAACUACUACUCCGCCCGCAUAACCCUCUGCAGACCAUGUCUAAGCCAAAUCCACCACACCCCACGCCACGCAACGCCAACCGGCGAACCAACCGCGCGCACGAAACUCCGCGCCGAAAUGGCAACAAAUUGUCUCCAAGCUUCCUGCGCGCUUAUCGCCGUCCUCCCAGAAAACCCCAACAUGACCUGGUUAGCCCGUGCCACGCCCUGGUGGAGUAUCCUGCAUUUCCUCAUGCAGGCCACUACCGCUCUAUUACUGGGGUUAUCGUACUGUUCUGGUCAAUAUACGUCGAGCAGUCCGCAACGCGGGGAUUCACUCUUAUCGCCUGCUACGCCGUCCGUUUCCCAGGGUGUGUGGGUGCGUGUGCGUGUUGGCGUUUACCCGCCGUUACUGGAGGGGGAGUUGGAUACGGCUGUUUCGGCGGCGAGAAAGGCGCUGUCUUGGCUUCAUACUACUGCGUACGUGGAUGUAGCGGCGCGAAGGGCGUUUCGGCUUUGUGAUGGCAUUGUUAGGAAGAUUGCGCCUGGUUUGGGGAUUGAUUUGACUGAGUGGCCUGAUGGGAGUUGUUUUGAGGUGGCGGAGGAUAGGGAGGGAGGGUCUAGUGGGGAUGGGAAUGGGAAUGGGAAUGGAAAUGGAAAUGGGGAUACGAAUGGGAAUUGGGGGGAUAGUAGUGGGAGUAAUGGUCAUGAUAGUGGUAGUGGGAUGGAGGCAUUUGAGGAAUUGGUGGAUUUUGAAGGUGGUGUUUUUUAG